UUUUGCAUAUCCCACAUGCAACCCCAUAUGUUGUUGGAGAUUUGAGCAAGAAAGAAGCCGAAGAAUAUUUUGAAAAGCAUGUUCUUCCUCGAUAUGAAUGCAAAGAACUCGAAGGCAAAUUUGAUUACGUUCGCAAAAUAACGGGUACACAAUAUAAUAUGUUGCUACGUGGUCUCUAUCCUAAGGGAUUAAGAUAUCCAGAUAAGCCCAAUCCACCACUUUGGGAAGACUAUGAUUUAAUCAAAACUAUGGAAGCAAUAGUAAAGACAGAGAAUCGGGAAUAUAUUUUAGAAAAAGACUUGAUUAAAGAAAUUGGUUUCAAACAAGUUAAUUCACUUGUAGAUUAUAAUUUUUUGCACUGUCGACCAACCAAGCGAUAUGCUAAUGACAUUGAUUCACCAGAUGGAAUAAUUUUGACUGCGAUGAAUCAGCCAUCAGUGCGUGCAAUGGAACGUCAUCUGUCUGAA